GGAUAAGUAACUCCACCGAUAAUCUAGCGUCGGAGAAGUUUCCUCUCUAACCGCCUUCUUAGUUCUUAGGUUCCUAGAAACAACGACGUUUAUUAUUUUUUUUCGUGUUAUUCUGUAUCCUGUUAUCGAGUUGAAUAGUUCUGUGAUAUAUACAAUUUUUAAGCUUUUGUGUCUAAAUCAUCAGAGUUUACCUUACAGAAGGUUGUUUUAGAAAAGAUUAGCUUGGAACCUUGCGUAUCAAUUGGUUGAAUUCGAUUGGAUGGGUGCCAACACGUCAAGGGAGGAGGACGCGAGUUACAAUUCUGCAUCUUAUCGACCAUCUUCAUCUUUUUCUGGAAAUCAACAGAGCAGUUAUUCUCAACCGUCUUAUUCGUAUCCUACCCAAUACGAACAAAAUUACCCUGUUCAGGAGGCGUAUCCAGCAUAUCCACCGGCUGCACCUGCACCUGCACCUGCAGCAGAUCCAGCCCCAAUCUAUGCAGCUCCACCCCACAGACCUGCGGUUGCAACCCCGGCUCCAGCCCCUGCCUAUGGAGGUCCACCACCCCAUAGACCUCAAAAUAAGUUUGACAGGAGGUAUUCAACGAUUGCUGAUAGUUACCAUUCGUUGGAACAGGUGAGUGAGGCUCUUGCACGUGCAGGACUUGAAUCUUCUAACCUCAUUCUUGGUAUUGACUUCACCAAGAGCAAUGAGUGGACAGGUUCAAGAUCCUUCCACAGAAAAAGCUUACAUCACAUCGGAGAUGGUAUGAAUCCCUACGAACAGGCGAUCACUAUUAUUGGAAAAACCCUAGCAGCUUUUGAUGAGGAUAAUUUGAUUCCCUGUUAUGGAUUUGGAGAUGCAUCCACGCAUGAUCAAGAUGUUUUCAGUUUUUAUCCGGAAGAGAGGUGUUGUAAUGGAUUCGAGGAAGUCUUGAGUAGGUACAGAGAGAUUCUACCCCAUCUAAAGCUUGCAGGCCCUACAUCAUUCGCCCCUGUCAUUGAAAAGGCCAUGACAACCGUUGAAGAAAGUGGAGGCCAAUAUCAUGUUUUGGUUAUCAUUGCUGAUGGCCAGGUGACAAGAAGUGUGGAUACUGAACGUGGUCGAUUGAGUCCACAAGAACAGAAAACUGUAGAUGCUAUAGUUGAAGCAAGUAAGCUUCCACUCUCUAUUGUAUUAGUUGGGGUUGGAGAUGGGCCUUGGGACACAAUGAGGGAAUUUGACGAUAAUAUCCCUGCCCGCAGCUUUGACAAUUUCCAGUUUGUGAACUUCACGGAAAUUAUGACAAAAAAUGUGGCUCCAAUUCGUAAGGAGACAGAAUUUGCUCUUGCUGCAUUGAUGGAAAUUCCUACUCAAUAUAAAGCAACAAUCGAACUCAAUAUACUCGGUAGCCGAAAAGGAAUUUCUCCACGAAGGGUCGCCCUUCCUCCUCCGGUUCAUGUUGCACCAUCUUUUAUCAGCUCAAAACCAUCACAAUCUUAUUAUGACGAAACUACCCCUGUUACUGCUGUUCCUUAUUAUCCUCCGACUAGUGGUGUACAUCGCACGGCGCCACCUGUCCCAAAUUCUACUUACGAAAAUCAGUUAUGCCCUAUUUGCCUAACUAACCCAAAGGAUAUGGCCUUUGGCUGUGGACAUCAGACAUGUUGUGACUGUGGACAAACACUCAAGUUGUGUCCGAUUUGUAGGAGUGAGAUUCAAACAAGAAUAAAGUUGUAUUAACGUUGGGUUUUUUUAUUGGAUAUAAUUUGUUUUGGUUAGUGGCUCAAGUCUUACAGUUUCAGAGUGGUGAUGUGUUAUAUUGUUAUUAAUUUAUUUGUCUUUUAUUUGGAUUUUGGAUAUGUAAAUUAAAUUAUAAAAUGUAAAUCAAUUCAUGUGUUUGUUAUUUA